AUGACGGGAUACAGGAGCCAGUGGGUCCUUUGUGCGGUCGCAACAUGGCUUGUCCUAGCGCCACAGGCUUCACUCUGCCUCCAGCUGCGUUUGUCGCGUGGAGCGUCUCUCGACCGUAAACAGGCGUUAGAACAGCGAAGCGCGCUCCUUCCCGGAAUCAGUCUUUUCGAAGAAUCCUCUCCCUCAGAAACUCCGACGGAAGGUGCAGGGGCAGGUGGUCCGGGAGGCCCCGGAGGAGAUCCUCCAGUUCCACCACCCCGCACACACGGCCUUCGAGGAUCUCCUGGUGGGCCUCAAGGACCAGGCAACGACGACCCCACCAAGCCAUCCGGCAAGCCUCCAGUUCCAUUGCCCCGUGGUAUUCCGCUUGGCCAAGGUCCAACUGACCCGCUUCAAUCAACAAGCGAUUAUGGUCCCUCAGACCCCCUCGGUGCAGGGCCGCCUGAAGGUUCCCCUGGCACUCCAGGCCCUUCAGGUGGAGGCGGUAGAGGUCGUAAUUUCACCGUCAAGAAGCGAGGAGGUGGACCUCCGCCUCCCCCUACCCGUCUUGGUGGCCCAGGAGGCUCUCUUACUGGGCCUGGUUAUGAACAGGGGCCUCUACCUCCAUCAGGACCCCAUAAAGGUCCUGGAGGACUCCGAAGGCGAGGCGGCUUCCGCAGUAAAAGCGGAGGAGGUCGCGGCAGAGGUCGAGGUAGAGGUCGAGGUCCAUUGUCUGAUUCUGGAGGCCAAGGAGGAGGUCCUCCUGGGGGUGACUCCGGUCAGGGACGCGGUUUGGGAGGCCCUUCGGAGGAUUCCGCCACGGGGUCAGGGGGAGGGGGCCCUGAUGAUGACAGCGAAGAUGAGGGACCUCCGCCUUUCAAGCCCCCUCCACCACCUGGGAAAUCUUAA